AAGGCCAGGUCAGGCAGAGGCCAGCACCCACGAGAUCAGGAUGCUACCUGUCCAUUUUGUUUCCUCCCAGGGGAAGCAAGAGCAGGAGCCGUGGCAGAGCUGUGCUCCCAGGAGAUGGAGAAGCUGGAUACGAAUGCUUCGGCGGGUUUCUGCCAGUUCUCGGAGGACUACAAGCAAAUCUACCUCUCCCUGACCUACAGCAUCAUCUUCCUGCUGGCGCUGCCCCUCAACAGCACCGUCUUGUGGCUCUCCUGGUGCCAGACCAAGCACUGGAGCUGUGCUACCAUCUAUCUGGUGAACCUGAUGGUGGCCGACCUGCUCUACGUGCUGACCCUGCCCUUCCUCAUCAUCGCCUACUCCCUGGGUGACGGGUGGCCCUUCGGGGAGCUGCUCUGCAGGCUGGUGCGCUUCCUGUUCUACACCAACCUCUACAGCUGCAUCCUGCUGCUGACCUGCAUCUCGGUGCACCGCUUCCUGGGCGUGUGCCACCCGCUGCGCUCGCUGCCCUACCGGACCCGAAAGAAUGCCGUGCUGGGCACCGCCGCCACCUGGGCCCUGGUGGUCCUGCAGCUGCUGCCCACGCUGGCCUUCUCCCACACGGGCUACCGUGACAGCCACGUGGUCUGCUACGAUACGAGCGACCCAGAGAACUUUUAUCAGUAUUUUGCCUACAGCAUGGUGCUGACAUUGUCCGGCUUCAUCUUUCCCUCCCUGGUCAUCCUGGCAUGCUACUCGCUUAUGGUCAGGAGGCUGACCAAACCAGAGCAGGUCCUCGAGAGGACGGGCCGCGCAGCCCGGGCCAAGUCCAUCCGCACCAUCCUGCUGGUGUGCAGCCUCUUCGCCCUCUGCUUUGUGCCCUUCCACAUCACGCGCUCCUGCUACUUCAUCAUCCGCUUCCUGCCCUCCCGAGACUGCCAGCUCGAGAUGGUGGCCAGCAUGGCCUACAAGAUAUGGAGGCCUCUGGCUGGCAUGAGCAGCUGCCUCAACCCAGUCCUGUACUUUCUGUCGGGCAGGAACAGAGUCAGACGUGUCCAGCAACUGAGGCUUAACAAGACGGGUGCACCCCCAGCUGCAGCCGAGGGAGAGGUGCCCCAGGAAGGGCAGAUCUGGGCACUGGCCAGAUGAAGCUGGAGAAAACUAGCUCCAGCGACACUGACCAUGACUUGUUUGUACACAAAUGUGUGCUGGCAGAAUCUC